UCAUUUUUUCUAAAAUCUGAACUCUCAGUUAAUAAUAAAAAUUUGUUGCAUUUCUUUCCUGCAGGAUUUGUAAUCUCAGGAGUUUUACAGCCUAAUUAUAAACAUCCAGAGCUGUUAGUUUUAUUAUUUCUUUUGCUUGUCAGAAAUGACUGUAAGUAAAAAAACUCCUGAUCUAUUCUGCCUCAAAUUCUACUUUAUAAGAAGAUCUUUUAACUAUUAGGUUGACAAAGUAACAAUGGUAAAAAUUUAGAGAUUACAAGAAGAAGAUAUAUUAAGGCAGGAAUGCCAAACAUUUUGAAAUGUUAGCAAGAAUUACAAACAGGCAAGAAAAAAGCCAAAGGCUGUGUCUUUUAUUAAUCACAGCACAUUCUAUCUAGGUGACAUUUCCAAUCAUUUUCAAGUUAUUUUCAAUUCUUGUCUUCAUACUUUUAAUUUAUUCAUUAGAUAUGGAAAACAUCGGCUAUGCCAAUGUUUACUGUCCAUUCCUAAUUGACCCCUGAACUAAGACCAUUUCAGUAGGCUCUUAAGAGUCAACCACUUUGGUAUAUCAAAGAACUGCAGAUGCUGUAAACCUGAAAUAAGAACAGAGAAUGCUGGAAAGACUCAGCAGGUCAGGCAGAAUUUGUGGAAAGAGAACCAGAGUUAACCUUUCAGGUGGCAGACCCUCGAAAACUUUGAUUUAUUUGGAGUCACAAACGUCAAAUUUCCUCCAACCAAAUAUUGUGAAGACUAACCCUGUUGUCUUUGGUCCCUAACACAAACUCCACUCCCCAGAUGCGGCAUUGCUUCCCUGAUGGACAUUAAUGAACCAGAUGGGAUAAUUUUAUGAAGCGGUAGUUCUGUGAUCAUGUUCAUUGAUAGUGGCUCUUUUUUUUCACAUUUCAGAUCUUUUCAUUUAAUUGCUUGAAUUUAGGUUGCCCUCCUGGGAUUCAAACUUCAUAUCUCCAUAUUAAUAAUCGGGAACUCUAGACAUCAGUACGAUAGUUUAACCAUGAUUCUAUUGUGUUCUAUACAGUACCUGAAAUGCUUCACCACAAAACCAACAUCAUUAGAUAAUACAUUUUAAACCACUGCUCAUUUUCUCCAGAACUUAUUCUAUACCAACUGCCAUUAGAGAUUCUGCAGGUUUGGUCUUUAUUUUCAUACAGAUUUUUAUCCCUAAUAAUAUUGCAUUCUGUUUCUAAUCUGUGGAAAAUAAAAUGCAAUUGUGCCUUCAAAGUUCAUAGACUGUUUUAUUUAACAUGGUUCCCACUGUAUGCUGCUAAUUGUUAAUAUAGGAUCAAGUCUCUUUAUGUAGGUUUACAAAAACUUAGAUUACAGUUCAAAGAAAACAGUGUCCGAGAGAAAUAGGCUCCAAUGUUGCAGGUAUUCGGUUCUAAAGAUUAUAGAGGUAUGAAACAUUGUUUAUUGGAUUAGAGGCUUCACACAACUGUUGCCCUGAUCACAUUACUUGCGAGGAACUAUCGUCAAUUCUUUCAGCCUCUUCUGCCGUCUGUUAGGUUUUGCAUUCAAGGUCUGAGUCUGCUGAAGAACUUGCAUAAUAAUUACAUAGGAUAUACAAUACAGUAACAGGCCAUUCAGCCCAACCUGUCCAUGCUGGCAUUUAUGCUCCUCUCAAGCUUACUACCAUAUUUCCUUGUCUAAGUCUAUUAGUGUCACCCUCUGCUCCCUUCUCCCUCAUACACUUACCCAGGCUGCCUUUAAAUGUACCUCUACCAUUCACUGCAGUGAGUUCCACGUCCCCAUCACUCUUUGGGCAAAGAGGCUUCUUCUUAAUUUCCCAUUGGGUUUCCUGGUGAUUGUCCCAUUUUGAUGGCCUCCAGCUAUGCUCUUCCCCACAAGUGAAAACAUUCUGUCUCCGUCUACUCUAUUAACACCCGUCAUCAAUUCCAAAACCCAUUCACACUUCCUUUCUUCUGUGAGCAGAAACGAAUACACUAAUCGGGUUGAAAACGAUGAGAAAAAUCAGAUACGGUUAAAGUAUUCAAAACUACCCACAAGUGGAGAGGGGAGUUGGUUGGUGAGUGGUCAUUGCGCUGAGGCUGGUCUCAUUUGCUCGCGAUUGCCAUCUACCGAGGCUAAUCGGAGCUUCACCCGCCCCCUGCGUGUACCAGUCCAUCUCCUCGUUCUCCUCGCUGGAAGGAGCAGUGUCACCUGCCUGAUCCAGCCGGCAGCCUGCCUCCAAGCAACUUCUCCCAGCUCCAUCAUUAUCUGGGCGCGGAACAUUUCACUUCCAUUGCUUUCGCAAAGAAACAAAAAGCUGCCCUAAACUGAAUGAAACUUUUGGAUGGUAUCGUGCAAACCGGAAGAAACCAUCACUCCCGAACCCCAGUCCUCCCCCGUGGGGCGACCUCCCUACCCUUGGUCUCCCUGGAGUGAGCAGCAGGUCUGCGUGGAGCAGGUGGAACCGGGCAUGGCACCCAGCCCAGCCCCACGCUACAGGGAACGCCGGCGUUCUGCUGAAGGUUGGCUCGAUGCACUUUCAAUGCUUCAGUGAACGGAGUCUGUCAACAUGAAUGUGACCCAGUUCAGUUUGGAAUUCCUUGAAAGGUUUCCCAGGAACUUUUCCUUGUUCCCUCCUAGCAGCAACCUGAGCCUUUGGGAGACCAUCCAUUUAAACGUCAACCUGCUGUUUUCGGGUUAUGAGCCCACAACCAUCGUGUUGGAGGUCGUUUAUUCGCUGUCCUUUAUCAUUGGUUUUGUGGGGAACAUCAUGGCUCUGAGGGCCCUAACGAGGAAGAGAAGGAACCGCUUGGCUGGAGCGAGAGCGACCCGGAGCCUCUUGAUCAACCUGUCUGCCUGUGAUAUGAUGGUGGUGUGCAUCUGCAUGCCUGUUACUCUCGGACACCAGGUCUACAAUGCUUGGGUGUUCGGAGACUUCAUGUGCAGGGCUGUCCCCUUCGUGCAGGCGGUUGCAGUCUCCGCCAGCGUGCUGAGCCUUGCCGUGAUCAGCCUGAACCGUUACUACAGUGUCCACAACCCACUCAAUGCCAGGGCGUUCUUCACCUGCAGGAGGAUCCUUGCGAUGAUAUGUGCCGUCUGGCUUUUAUCCUCGGCGCUCUGCAUGCCCCUAAUCUUCAUGAAUAAAACCGAAAACUUGGUGCUGUUGAACGGGAAGCUGACCAUUCCUGUGUGCGCAGAAAACUGGCCAGAUGCGAAGCUGAGACAAGGCUACAACUUCUUGCUCUUCUGCGCUCUCUACGGCUUCCCCGUGCUCUUCAACCUUGUCAUCUGUUUCCUCACAGCCCGUCGCCUCUGGGGCAGCCAGGAUAGGCUCCAGGAGGGCAAUAAGAAGCAUUUAGUUGGCAACAACUCCAGGUUGAAGGCACGCAAGAAGAUCGUCAAAAUGGUAGUGGUUCUAGUCCUUCUCUUCGCCUUGUCCUGGCUGCCCUUGUAUGUCAUUGAUAUCUGGAUUGAUUUUAGGAUCCCGGACGCUCCACCGGACACUCUCCACCAAGGGUGGAUUCUUCACAUCCGAUCUUUUGCCCAGUGGUUAGGUCUCACCAAUUCCAGUCUCAACCCUCUCUGUUACUGCUUCAUAGGAAACGUGUACAGGUCUGUACAGAAGAUCAAGAAAAGCUACAGGCAACGAAUUUCUUCCGUUUUCAACCUGGCCAUGCCUCAGGCUCAGGUCAGUUCUUCCGUCCUGCUCCAGUACAGAGCUCACAUUGCCGAAAGUGAAUUCAGCGACAGCACAGGACACCCAAGGUGCAGCCAGACUCUGACUCAAAGCAAAAGCCUAUCUUCUGGAAUUACUUGCGUGACAUCGUUUGACUAAGCAGCAUGAGUAUUAAUAAAUAGUUGUAAGUAAAUGUGUCAGGACAUAAGUAUGGGCUGUCUCUCAGAUCUCUUCACCUGGUAUUACUCGUUUGACUUUUCUGUGAUUAUUUCGGUCCUCUAAAAGUUAAGGAGACGUCUUGAGCUUCCUUAUCCUAGGGGUAUACCAUGUGUGGGGACACAACAAUUGCCAAAUCCUCAGAUCAAAAGGGAAAUGAUAUGAAGAUAUCCGAGUGAAAUUCCAACUCCCGCGGUGAUGUGAAGUAAUUAUUAGAGCAUUAGUAUAUUUGGAAUGACUAUAACAUAUUAUGGAUUGUAAUAAAAAAGGUAAACUACUUUGGUUGUAAAUAAUAUUAACUGUUUAAUCAAAACAAUUACAUUCUGAUUAUGCCAGUGUGAGGCACAGUGUCAAAUGUUGCUUCGCAUUAUUAAAUGGUCUUCCAGGCUUAUUGUUCAUGGGAUUUGGAUAUUUUGCAUGUUAUACUGUAGAUUGAAGGAGUGGGGAAAUCCCGUUGUAUUAUAUAUAUUUUUUUGGGGGGGGGGCAGGUCUGCUAACAUUAAACACAAAGAGAGUACUAUUUCAAAGAUGGACAUACAAAUGAACUAACAUCAAUCUGUUAUUUUCCUUUAAUGAGUAAGAAGUUUGUGUGGAAACAUGAUUCGUUUGCAUACCUUUAUUUGAUAAUUGUAAAAUGUGCUUAAUUUGUAAUUAUGCUCACCGAAUUAAACAUGAACUAAGACGAUAUUAUUUACUAUUCUGCUUUUACUUUUAACUCCUUUCAAAAUGUGUUAAGCUCCAGUUAGUUCAAGUGUCAUCUGGUGCCAGAUCAGAAUAUCAUGUGGCACUUCUAAUGCUUCCAGUGCCAUUGAACCAGUUUGCAUCAAUAACUAUAUCAUAACUUUGGUUCUGGCCUAGGUAUUGAAAUUAGUGGAGGUCAGAAUUUUUGUAAUGUUACCCGGUAAAUUAUUGCUGUUGUACGGCUAUUGGAGGUGCAAAACUGUUGCAGAUACUGAUUAUGAGAAUAUUUCCUUUUAACAUUUUUAGAAUUUUUUUUAAUAAGUAAGCUUUAGCAUGUACAAACUGCAUUAGAGAUUCACAACAGCGUAUUAGAUUGCAUCAAACAAUCUACUGGAGGAACUCAAUGGGUUGAUCAGCAUCUGUGGAGGGAAAGGAAUUAUUGCUGUUUCAGGUCGAAACCCGACAUCAGCAUCUGUCCUGCUGCAGGGUUUCAACCCAAAACGUUCACAGUUCCCUUCCCCCCACCCUCCACACCCCCACAGUCACUGCUCAAUCUCCUGAGUUCCUCCAGCAAAUUGGUUGUUGUGCCAGAUUCCAGCAUCUGCAGUGUCUUGUGUCUCCAUUUCUGACUGCAUCUUGUCCACAAAUCUACUUGGGUCACGAAUGCCCUUAAUCGAAGGAAGACUGCCUCCCCUACCCAUCGUGGCUCACAAACCACAGUAAUGUGGUUGACUCUUCCUUUUGAAAUGUCCUAGAAAGCCAUUCUGUGCUACUAAGAAUGCACUUUAAAUGCCAGCAGCAACACCAGCAUCUCUAAAUAAUAAACUAAAAUCUAUCUUUGGUUGCACAGUCAUGAAAAAAUAAAUUUCUUCUGAAUCCACUAACAAAGUUUCUCAUUGUAUACAAAAGUUCUCAUUGAACUGCUACUCCUUCUUUCCUUUGUGCAUCAGUAAAUUGAAGAAUGCUGAGUGAUUAUAUCUGUGAGUACUUUUCGUCAGUACUAUUUACCUCUACACCCCUGCAUAAUGUUUGUUGAAGAUAAUGCAAGUAUUGCAUCAAAUUUAAAUUAUUUAUGCUCUUCAAAACAAGACUAAUAAAUUAAUAAAAGCUAAGGUACAAUUCUUGACCAUCUGCAUUGGAUGCUUUUAAUUGAUCUGUUUCCCAUUUACAGGUAAUUAAUCAGUGUAAAAGUGUUGUGUUGUAUUUUACUGUUAUGUUGUUUGAAAUCCAAAAAUCUGAAUGUUCUCUUAUCGCCUUGGUUUGAUUCCAGGAGAUGUAUUGUAUUCCAUACACAGCUGACUACAGAUUGGGCAACAAAACAUUACUCACCCAGAUAUUGCAGCAAAAUGCAGCAAGUACUGCACAGUUAAAACUUAUAAGGGUCAAACUAUGAAGGAAUUCAAGAGUCACAUUUUAACAGAAUUAUCUUUAACUGGGCUUGAAAUUAUAACUUUGUAUCUUCUAUUAUAAGAGCUUUAAUGUUUUCUGUAGUUAAUUUGCUUCAUCAUAAUGUAUCAGGGUACCCAAGUGAAAUAUUUCUUACUGAGCUUGUGGCUUAUGCUCAUAUGGAUAUUGUAGUAUUUUUUUAAAAUAACCUAAACUUUAAAUUAUUAGCAUUUUCUAUAAUCCCUUUGUAAAUACAGCAGCAUUUUUUGUAUGUGUGAGAUUGAUUGUUUUCAGUUGGUCUUAAGUUUUCAGUUUUACAAUUUACAAUAUAAUCAGAAAAAAAUCAUGUUUUUUCAUCUAGUUUCCUUUAUUUAUACAUGACUUCAUGCCUCAAAUACAUGGGAAAAUCCUAGAAAUAAAACUUACUCUCAAAUGGCCAAGUACAUCAUUAACUCAAUAAAUAUUGUAAAGAAGUUUUAUUGGUUAAUAAAUAUUUUGAAGUGAUAAAUCUAACUCUAAAGCCCUAGACCAUCAUUAUGGUUAUCUAGAGUAAG